AUGGGUGCAUCAGCAACACCUGGUGGUGGCGGGGUUUCUCCCAGCAAGAGCUUGACCAACUAUGCAUCGUAUAUCCCCGAGGGAAGCAGAAGGCCGCGAAUUGGACAUCUUGACCUGGACUCCAACACCGUCACACCUCUCUCUUACAUCUCCGGCACACCGAUAAGGAGUCUUUACGAGGUGAUUGCCGUGGGCGAAGACGCCAUCAUCCAAGCCGGAGAGCCGUUCCCGCGGAGCAAGGCGAGAUUGUUACCCCCGAUUUAUGGCCGGGAUAUUCUUGCCGUUGGGAAGAACUAUGCAGCCCAUGCCAAAGAGUUCAAUGCUUCCGGCUAUGACAGCUCUGACAAGGUCGAUAUGCCAACCCAUCCCGUCAUCUUCACCAAGCGGUGGACAUCUGCUAUCGCGGAUGGGGACGAGAUAUACCCCCAUCCAGGCUUCACCGAGUCGGUGGACUAUGAAGGCGAGAUCGGGGUCAUCGUAGGCAAGGCUGGAUUCAAGAUUGACGCAAAGGAUGCCCUCGAGCAUGUCUGGGGGUUUACCAUUAUCAAUGAUGUGACGGCUCGCGAACGGCAGCGGGACCAUAAGCAGUUUUACCUGGGGAAAUCACCCGAUACCUUUGCGCCAAUGGGUCCGAUCGCGGUCCCAAAGGAGCAUCUUCCGAAGGUUCUUACUGUCCAAACUGUCGUGAAUGGCGAGAAGCGACAGGAAGCGACAACCGACGACUUGAUCUUCAGCAUCCCGACAUUGAUCGAGACACUGUCCGCGGCGCAGACAUUACAACCUGGAGAUGUGUUGGCGACUGGAACCCCGGCCGGUGUUGGAUUUGGCUUUGAUCCCAAGGUGUGGCUGCACCCUGGCGACGAGGUCAAGAUCUCUGUAACAGGCCUCGGGACCUUGACAAACAAAAUUGCGAGUCCAGAGUCGAGGAAUAGCAUCCUCAACCACAUUGUCUCGCCUGCCGUGCCCGUUGUGAAUGACCGGACGGCUGAGGGCCGUGGACUCAGCUCUGUUGGCUCGAAGCAGCUGUUCUACCAGCGAAAAGGCGGUGAUGAUGCUGGGCGGCCCAUCUAUUUCAUUCAUGGUCUGGGCGGCACUUCCGAAUAUUUCGGACCACUGAUGACAAGGCUGGGGAACUCCUGGACAUAUCACCUGGCAGAUCUCGAGGGGCACGGGCUAUCGCCCACAUCCGCAACGAGCAAGCUGAGCAUCGCUUCUUUUGCCUCAGAUGCGUAUCAGCUUUGCUCCCGGGCAGGUAUCACCUCUGAGUCUGGCCUCACCGUGGUCGCACAUUCGAUGGGCUGCUUGGUUGCGAUGAAACUGGCCCUGGAUCACCCGGAUUUGGUCAAGACGCUCAUCCUGCAAGGGCCCGGCCCUUCACCGCUCCCAGAAGCCGCCAGCAAAGCCACAUACGCCAGGGCUGCCCUUGCUCGGGAAAAGGGUAUGCUGGGGGUGGUGGAUGCGGUCGUGGGCGCAGGCACAUCCGAUUACAGCAAGGCACAUAAUCCUCUCGCAAUCGCCGCCGCUCGAGUCUCCUUGUUGGGACAAGACGCCGAAGGAUAUGCAAAGGCCUGUACUGCACUGGCAGACUCGCACGCCGACACGUUGGACAUAUCAGCGUUGAAGGUGAGGGUGUUGAUCAUCACGGGAGAGGAGGAUAAAGUGUCGCCGCCGGAAAUGUGCAAGAGGAUGAAGGAACAAAUGCCCAACUGCGAGGAUGUUGUUGUGCUUCCGCAGGUCGCGCAUUGGCACUUGUUUGAAGCAACCGAGAGUGUUUGUUCGGCUGUCGCCGACUUCCUGGGGACCAGCUCCGAUGAGGUGCUCCAGAGAGUGAGAAGAGUCGAAAAUCUCCUCGAGAGACAAGUCUACCUCCUCGAGCAGCGGCUUGAACCUUCACCAAAAUCGAAUUCGUCCAACCAAGAUACUUUGUCCCAACAUCAAUCGUCGUCCGUGAACUCGUCGCCCUGGACCGAGAUCGAGGCAACUCCUUCUGAGACUGCCCCGGCAACAAAUGUCGGUACGAUCCUGGUGUCCGAGGGAGGUUAUGAAAGAUUUAUUCCCGGGCUCGCUUCUUCAGAUGCCGAGUCGGUCAAUGAACUGAUUCAAUCUGCUUCUGCUCCACCAAUGUCAUCGAGUUUCCCCUUCUCCGCCGAGGCACUCGCCACACGAAGAGCGCUGUUGGACACCCUACCGCCUGGACGACAGUGUGACGAACUGAAGGAUAUAUUCUUCGAAGUGUUCUCGCCGACUGUGCAAGCCUUGGUCCUUUUGAUAUACGCACUUUCACAUGCUCAUGGCCCUUCAUGGGCCUUGUUGGGGGCUACCUUCAAUAUUUGCGUAUCGAUCGGGUGCCACAUCGACCCGUCUCAACUAAACCUGGACCCAGUGAGAAGUGAACAGCGACGCCGGUGUUGGGCUGGCCUCAUGUUACUGUAUACCAUUCAAAACACUUGUCUGGGGAACAUUGCCCCGAUGAAGGUCAUAGCCAACGUCCGUCUUCCUGCCGACGUGGACGAUGACCACAUCACCAUGUACGACAAUCCGCUGUUGCACACAGAUGAAACCCAACCCAAACCCCUGAGCAAAAUGUCGUACAUCCUCUUCAAAUUCAAACUAUAUCGGUUGGCGUCCGAUAUAACAAACUUCACCCGGGAAAACGGGCAGUUGAGCGGCCUGUUCGAGCUCGACGCAAAGAUCUCGAGGGAGGAGCACGAACACGACGCACGAUUCGCCGACCCUCAGCGGCUUCCAGUUUACCACCUGGCUCAUCUAUACAUCAUCAAAAACUAUACGAAUCACCUGCGACUCAUCCUCCAUCGACCGUAUCUUCCACCACAUUCUUCGGCGGCGGACAGCACAUUGUACGAGUACCCGGAACAAAUGCUGCAGAGCCGGCAGUAUUGUAAGAUGUCGGCUAUGAAGAUCAUUGACAACCACGAGGACCUCUGCUGUAACGACAGGUUGAAGCCUUAUCGCUGGUUCGUGUACGGUCUGGGUGGCUACCAGACGUUUCUGGCGGCGUCGACGCUUGUGGUGCUGCUUGGGUCGGAGGACGACUCGGUCGCUUCAGACCGCGCGGAUGUCAUCUACGCUCUUCGAAAAUGUCAAGCACGGUUCGAGCAGCUGUCUCCGCGCAGCGACAUCUCGGCCAAAGCGGCCCGGAUCCUGCGCCGCACGCUUGGUCCCGUCACGAGUACCAACGGUGGUGGUGGAGGUCUCCCUCAAGAAACCCAAAGACUGUACCAUCAAUCCUCGAGCAUUAGCGACGAGUCCAAGGUCGUGUACAGUAUGAGCCACAGACACCAAAUGUCCAGCGCUUCUCCCGGUAGCAUCCAUGACCACCACCACCAGCAACAGCAGCAGCACACAUCAAUCCCGCCUGGUCCUGCUGGAUACAGCCAGACCGGCUUCACCAGCGGUGGCUUUCCCAGUGGUGCCAACGAGGCCGUCACGACAAAAAUGGAACCACCACCACCACCACCGCCACCACCGCCAACGUCACAGCACCAACACCAUCUCCAGUACCAGCACGAGCUCCAGCACCAGCACCAGCACCACCAUCAGCAACAGCAACAGCCUCCCCCUCAUCCUCACUCCUUCUUCCCCUGCCCACAACCGCUCUACGAGCUGAUGAGUCUCCCCGCGGAGCAGUGGCUGGGCGGCCCCUCCGCGCUGGCCUGGGACUGGAGCAGCUGGGUCGACGUGCCCGAGGCCUCGAUCGCGGGAUCCGACAUGUUCAUGGACACUUCGGCUUCGGGCGUCAUGAUGUGA